AUGACCAAUCAAAAAACUGUUCACUGGGCUUAUCAUUGUCACCAGAACGCCACAGUCCCACUAAGCACAGAUGAAAUUUCUCAUCUUCUGAUGACACAUAAAGAUUCCUUUGUUGCUGAUCCGGUGCAGUCACUGACUAGAGCAAUUUUGUCCAACAAGACGACUGUGGUGGAAUCACUUCUUCGUGCUGGUACUCCAGUUUUCCCAGAUGAGACCGGUCGACAUCCUCUACAUAUCGCGUGUGGUAGAGGACAUCAGAGUGUGGUAGAACUUUUGCUCGCGCUCUCGGAUAUUGACCCCGAUCUGCCGGACAAGCUAGGCUAUUCUGUACUGUUCAAAGCGGCCGCUUCGGGCGAUUGUGAGCUGCUUCGUCUACUUCUCCGGUACGGGUCGGACGUGAACCGAACAGAUCAAUUGAAGAACAAUUCUCCACUGCACGAAGCUGCUCGUCGGGGUUUCUCUCGAUCGGUCAAAUUGCUUUGUGAAGCCGGUGCUAAUCCGUAUGCUCGCAACAAGGUGAGAUCUUUCCCUAUUUUUCCGGGAUUCUCUCAUUCUGUUACGUGUUGUGCUUUUGCCCAUACAUGUCGAACCUAUCCUCCAUGUAGUACUUUUGGCAGUCUUUUCACAAUCGUAUCUAAUAUCAUUGCCGUUUCGGAGAAUGUGGUUAAUAAUCGAUUGUUAGGUACCAUUACGAAAUUUAAUGAAACUCUUUUACUUUAA